GCGGGGCCAAGGCCGGGCCUUAAAGGGGCCGCGCCCCGCGCGGGGCUGAACGGGAGCGGCGGCAGCGGCGGGAGCCAUGGCAGAGAAGAUCCUGGUGACGGGCGGCGCCGGCUACAUCGGCAGCCACUGCGUGCUGGAGCUGCUGCAGGCGGGGUUCGUCCCCGUGGUCAUCGACAACUUCCACAACGCCAUCCGAGGCUCCGAGGGGCUCCCCGAGAGCCUCCGGCGGGUGCAGGAGAUCGCGCACCGGCCCGUGCUCUUCCAGGAGCUCGACAUCACGGACGAGGCGGCGCUGCAGGAGCUCUUCAGGAAGCACCGUUUCUCGGCCGUGAUGCACUUUGCGGGGCUGAAGGCUGUGGGGGAGUCAGUGCAGAAGCCUCUGGAGUAUUACAGAGUGAACCUCACCGGGACCAUCCGGCUGCUGGAGACCAUGAAGGCGCACGGCGUGAGGAACAUCGUGUUCAGCAGCUCUGCCACCGUCUAUGGGGACCCCAAGUACCUCCCCCUGGACGAGAAGCACCCGGUCGGGGGCUGCACCAACCCCUACGGCAAAUCCAAGUUCUUCAUCGAGGAGAUGAUCCGGGAUCUCUGCAAGGCAGAGAGGGACUGGAACGCCGUCCUCCUGCGCUACUUCAACCCCAUCGGCGCCCACGAGUCGGGGAUGAUCGGAGAGGACCCUCAGGGCAUCCCAAACAACCUCAUGCCCUACGUGGCUCAGGUGGCAGUGGGACGCCGGGAAUUCCUGAGCGUCUUUGGGAACGACUACAAGACGGACGAUGGAACGGGGGUCAGGGAUUACAUCCACGUCGUGGAUCUGGCCAAGGGCCACAUCGCUGCUCUGAAGAAGCUCAAGGAGAACUGUGGCUGCAAGAUCUACAACCUGGGCACAGGCACCGGCUACUCCGUGCUGCAGAUGGUGCGGGCCAUGGAGAAAGCCUCGGGCAGGGAGAUCAGGUACCAGAUCACGGCGCGGCGGGAGGGGGACGUGGCCUCCUGCUACGCUGACCCCGCGCUGGCCGAGCGGGAGCUGGGCUGGAAAGCUGCCUUUGGCCUGGACAAGAUGUGUGAGGACCUGUGGCGGUGGCAGCUGCAGAACCCCAUGGGCUUCAGCAAGAACUGAGCUGGGGCCGGUUCUGGGGUGCUCUGAGCCAGCCCUGCCUCCUGCCCCGAGGGUGUCACCAUCCUGGGAGAGCAGCUCCAGCUCCCCC